GAGAAGGAUCUCCAAAUGACAGACCCCUGUUGGGCUUCGUGGUGGAUGAUCAGCCGCAGUGCGUAGUGAUAGAUUCAAUAUGCCUAGUACAUCAUAUUACAACCAGAACGGACACUAUAGAAUGACAGUACAUAGCGAUGACAUUGAGGUAUGUUUUCCACAUCGCCUAGCGAGCACAGGGACAGGAGACGACGUAUUGCUCAGGCUGCUUACCAGAUGUACCUACGGAUCUUCACACUUUUGUUUUUUUUGAUGCGCAGUUUUUGAUGUUGAACGACAAGUGUUCUUGACAUGAUAUUAGAUUUUUCUAGUUGUGAACCAUGACUUAGAAGUGACGAGAAUCGAAAAAUGUUGUAACGUCGGCACGCUGCGUUCUUUUUCUUGCGCUCAGGCUCCGUGCGAAACCGAACCGUAAUCCGUACUAGACCCAUAAUUUGGUCCAACACUUUGGCCGCUGCCUUACGCUGGUCAUCUUCCGCCGACCUACAAGCGAAAGAGGUCAAGUUGAAGGGGUGACGUUGUACUACUGAAUAGCGUCACGACACGAGCACAGCCAGUGGUUACCGCCGACGUACGACUUGCAGUCUUCAAGAACGAAGAUGUCGGGGGAACGAUUGGACCUGCAACUGCAUAAGCUGACUGACCGAACGUUGGCCUACACAAACCUCGUCUAUGUGAAUCCGAGUGACUUCAGUCAGCUUGCGGCAAGAGAUCGUAGGCCAACGGUCUACGUUCUGGUCAAGGAUUCUUAUCCCUUUUCACUAGCAAGCCAUCCAGAUGUGCCAGCCGGGAAGAUUUACCUUAGCAGUGUAAUACAGAUACACAUCUUUUUGGUCUGACAGAGUCUGCUUUUCUCGUCUGACAUACCUGCUACAUAUUUAGAAAUGGGUAUUUCGUACUCGUGUCUGGUGCUUCGCAAAUAUGAAUAUCAUACCAUUGUAUGAUGGAAUGAUUCGUUUUGUUACGCAGUGAUGUGAAAAAAUGGCUUCGAGUAACAUAGAUAUAGUACGUCACAUAUCACGUCAUGCAAAUAAACUACAGCUCCAGCGAGACUUCGCGCAGAUUCCUUUGGAAGCGGUGCUGCCAGUCGUCUCGUGGGCACCUAGUCCUGAAAAUGAGCUUGCAACUGCUCGCGUGAACGUAGACGUGAUUGGAGGUGCAAGCGGGUCCUCCAGCAAGCCUGAAGUGGACAGCAAAACGCUGCAAGAGUUGCUCUUGCAGAGUUUCAGAGGGCAACCGUUCUCGCGUGGGCAGAUGUGCUGUGCGCAGUUGAAGCGGGAGGGACAGCCAACAUUGGCGUUAAAGUUUACAUUUGCCGAUGUCGAAAACAAGUACGAAAUCAUGCGUGCGGCCCAAGGCAAGUCCCCUCGCAGUCGUAGUGGAAGCAGCGGGGCGCAACGGAUAGCGGCAGUCCUUUCUCCUAGCAGUCUUGACAGCGUGGAUUUCAAGAGCGGACCCUCGAACUCAAUAAGCGUUUUGUCUAGUGACAUGCGCAGACAGCAGGUUUUUAAGAAAGACUUCAACUUCGGAGCAAUGGGCAUAGGUGGACUUUCGCAGGAACUCGAGACCAUCUUUCGCAAAGCCUUCGCGUCGCGACUCUACCCGCCAGCGCUGAUCCGGCAACUCGGAAUCAAGCACGUGCGAGGCAUGAUGCUCUACGGACCACCAGGAACAGGAAAAACUACAAUAGCAAGGCAGCUGGGGAAAUGCUUGGACGCGAGAGAGCCGAUAGUGAAAUCAGGACCAGAAAUGCUAAACAUGUAAUUCUUGCUACAACUCUUACUUGAUGAUUUUUGAAGACUUAGAUAGACUCGUCUGUCGUUUUUAUGGCUCCGGCUCUGUCACUGAUGCUGAUGCUAGUACAAGAUAUCGUCAAUUUACUUGCUACAACUAGCACCUUAUGAUUUUAAUUCGAAUUCUCAUCGUGCAGGUAUGUCGGAGAGGGCGAGAGGCAGAUUCGUGAACUGUUUCAGGCGGCUGAGGAGGAGCAGACCAAGGAAGGCGAGAAUAGCGAAUUGCACAUCAUCAUCAUUGAUGAGAUCGACGCCAUCUGUAAGCAGCGUGGCAGUUCGCGAGAGAGCAGCGGCUCUUUAGACUCUAUGGUCAAUCAGUUGUUAGCCAAGAUUGACGGCGUGAAUGCGUUGAACAAUAUUCUGCUAAUAGGCAUGACAAAUCGUCUGGACAUGAUAGACGAAGCCCUUUUGCGACCAGGCCGAUUGGAGGUGAAGAUGGAAAUCGGCUUGCCGAGCGAGGCUGGACGUCAGGAGAUUUUGCAUAUUCACACCGGCGAUAUGCGGAAGAACAAACGCAUUGCGUCGGAUGUAGACCUGGUGGAGCUUGCGGGCAUGACAAAGAACUACUCAGGUGCUGAGCUCGAGGGCGUUGUCCGGAUGGCAGUGUCCUUCUCGUUGGCACGACAAAUAGACUUCGACAAUCUAGGAAAAGAGCUGUCGCAGGAUGACAUGAAGAACCUAGUUGUAACGCGCCAGGAUUUCCUGCGCGGCGUACAGGAAGUAGUGCCAAUAUACGGUAACAAAGACGCGGAUUUCAAGCGAACAAUCGAGUUUGGCAUGGUCGAGUACUCAAAAGCAUUCACGCAUCUCAGAAGAACCCUCAGGCUAUUGAUCGGCCAGGUACGUCUUCACACUCUUUGACUGAGUUUUAGUAAUAUAUAUGCAGCGGUCCAGGGUGAAGCUGGUUCAGGCUGGGACUCGCUCUGGUUCAGGCUGGAACGCUCGCAAUUUUUUAGCUUGUUUUCGCUCCGAUGCCACCCAGGCCGAGGGUUUUGCAAUAGUAUUUUAUUCCGCCCCAAACCGGUCGAGGGGGGAAAUUCUCCCAUCCUGAACCAAGUCGCGGCCGCGAUAAUUAUGCCAAAGGUUGCGAAUGUUAUGCGCUUACUUGGUGAUAGACAGGAGACGGGCAACCCUCUGGAGGGAAAGCACAAGCUUGGGGGGCCUUUUGUUUAGGCACCUUGGUACCCCAGCAGGCUUGCCACGGUUGUGCCUUGAAGUCGGGGCGGCAGUGCCAAGGGAAGCGACUGGGAGCCCGUAUUUACUGGCGACUGAGUGCCUCCGGGAGGCUCGCCGCAGCUUCCAUCCCUAACCGGGGGCGAGCAGCCUGAGGCGGCAAGGAGACAAAGACGAGCACCGCUCGGCGGCGCUGGUCCGGCCGCUGGUGCAAGUUGUUGCGCCGUGUGGUCUCUGCUGUCUCGCUGGCUCUUCCACGACCAAAAUCCAACCGCCAGCAAUGAGGACGCGCCCCAAGCGCUGGAGGAAGUGCCCGCGCUUGAGGUUUGUCAGUCGCUCGGCGGUGGCUUCGCUGCGUGUGGCAUUCCAACCAUCGCGAACGGCAGCUUGCUGACGCUCUCAGAUGUAGGGGGCGGGCCUCUGCUCCUCUUCGUUGUCAUACUCAUAUUAGGGGUGCGGCCGCUUGUGGCUUUCCCUUGGUCGACUCUGCCGGCCAGGAGAGUCUUGCCGCGUCUUGAGAUCCCCCCCCCAAAAUUUUUAUCGUCUUCAGAUCUGCGACCAGCGUGCCGCUUGCGUGUCUCUGCCGUCUUUGUUUGCCUUGCCGUCUUUGCUUGCCUCUUCGCUUCUUUCUCGCGUUUAGUUUUGUACGCGCUCGCCCUUUUCUUGGUUCCUCCACCCUCCCAUCCCUUGGGCCCUUUCGCUUCUGGCGCCCCCCUCUUCUUGUUCUCAUCUCCCCUGUCUCUCCCGUCUUUCAUCCCCUCCCCUGCUCUUCCGGCACUUCCCCCUCGUCCCCUUUUCUCCUCCGUCCACCGUUCUUGAUCGCCUUGUCUGCCACCCAUUCCUUCUUCUGGUUCUGAUCUCGGCUUUCCACUCUGGCCCACUUUCCACUCUGGCCCACUUUCUUCUACUCUGGACCACUAUCUCACCCCGGACCACUCCAUAUAAUAUUUAUCUAUUUCUACGAAUAAAUAUAAAGUCGACGGACCUGUUGUUGAUAUGUUGACGUGUAAUCCACUUGUUCGUCCUCAUCACGAUGCAAACUUAAUAUAAUCAAUAGAGUGUGUGUGUGAAGAGGACACUAGUAAUAGUAUGACAUACGCAUACGCAACUGCAGAAUAAACUCUCUGUCUUUCCGACUUUUACUCUCUACUUGAACUCCCUGUCUCUGAAACCUCGUGUAACUCCACAAAUUUUGGAAAACCAUAGGUUCGAGGCAAGAUCGAUACAGUCCAGUCCCCGAGGUCAGGCCCGAAAGACCAAGUGGUAAAAUCAGACGAAGCAACUGGCUUGCAACUUUCGAGUGUUUUACUUAGUGGAAACCCGAAGUCGGGGAAGACAGCGUUGGCGUGCCAUCUCAUCAAGGAGGCAAACUUCCCCUUUGUGCGGUUUCUCAGCGCUGAGAAUUUCAUCGGCAUGGGCGAACUGUCCAAGAUGAAUUACAUCAAUAAAGUACUAGUGGUCGCUUCGUACGGCAUAUUGAUCUUUUUUCGACUCAAGUAAAAGAGAUGUGACGCUCUUGUCAGUAUAUAUAUAAUGUUCUGUGUUUUCAUCAAUCCAUCGACGGCAUUCUGAUCACCAAUAAAGAUUUACAAGCUCACUACUUUUACUCUGUACUCUCUCAGGUUUUCGAGGAUGCGUACAAAACCGAUAUGUCGUGCGUUAUUAUCGACGACAUUGAAGCUUUGAUGGAGUAUGUUCCUGUGGGGCAACGUUUCUCGAAUACCGUGUUUCAGGGGUUGAAGCAGCUUAUCAGUAAGAAGCCGACGGAAAUCAACCGGCGAAUGUUCAUCUUCGCCACUACCAAUGCUCCUGAAUUCGUGCGGAACUUCGAAUUGGAUAGCAGCUUUAACUACAAGUUCGACGUUCCAGACCUGCAAAAACCAACUGAGAAGGAGGAAGUUCUAAAAAUGCAGGCUGGAUUCGAUGAAGAUCCAAAGGCGGUGAAAGAAUGCGUCGAGGCCGCGAAAAUCGACUUGGGUGUCAAGCGCCUCAUUUUAAAUGCAAAACUCGCGAAAUUCAAGGCCGAUACCGAGAACAUAAAUCUCGUGCAGGCUUUUCUUGAAACGCUCACGCUGGGUGGAUAUUGAGGCCAAGGUCUGUGAGUAGCAAGCCCUGCUGCCAAGGUUCGUACAAGUAAGUAAUUACUACAUGUUUACCAUCCACCUGGCUCUACUUAACAAUACUGCCACCCGCGCAACCCUAUUAACCUCCUCACGAUACAUUGUGUCCCAAUCUCAAGUGCGCUCCCACUUUCUGCUGAUGCAUGGUCGAGACAGGUCAAAGCAUAACACCCGCCUGCUCAGAUUAGUGCCCAGCAACACCAAACUCCACCAAUUCUAAUAGAUUUCGUGCCGCAUUCCAAGACGAAGUUUGAGAAGACGACAAGUCGGAC